CUGAGUUGUGGGUGGGAUCAAUCGCUGCUGAUGGUGGAAAGCAAACUCUACCGAUAGAAUCAGAAGCGUCAUGACAAGCGAAAAAGGGCCUCCAAGUUUACCAUGAAGAGACUCUCUAGCCUUGCAUUUCCUCCAUAGAUUCCCAUGUACCUUUCCUUGUCUUCAACUUGGAUGCCGAUGCUCUGCUGCUCCAACUAUAUCCCUUCUUCUCUACGCUUUUCGAUGGCAGCACACCGGCAUAGCAGCAGCAGCAGCAGCAGCUGAGUAGUGGGCAGCUCGUCAAGAUCUUCAUCCAGGAACGAGAGGUAUGGAGCAAGCGAGAUGUUGGAUGUGGGCAAGAGCAAACUACAGCAGCAGGCCUCACCUCAGCACUCAGAUCCAUAGACUCCUCUUUGGAUCUUCCUACAACCAAUCAUGGGAGGAGAAAGCCUUCGCCGAAGACGCUGCAGGCCACUUGGGAGGCUGCGUGUGGCCUCCGAGAUCUUAUUCAUGCAGCUUUUGCAGACGAGAGUUCCGGUCAGCACAAGCUCUCGGUGGGCACAUGAACGUGCACCGAAGGGAUAGAGCCAGGCUCAGGCAAUGUUCGAGCGUCGGCGGAGAAGCUGGCGAAGACCAACAGCAUCCAAAUCCUUGCUUAAUGGUGGCCAUGGCCUCAGAGCAUCCACCGCAGGUUAACCCUAACCCUAAUUCUGGCGUUCCAGCAUCAUCUGUCCCUCCUAGGGUUCCUGCUGCAGCCACCAAAGGAAAUUGGACUGAGGACGCCGUGUUCUCCCCUUCCUUCUCUUCAUCCAGAGCUGGUUCCAUGGAGCAUUCUACACCUCUCCAUCUGGUUCUUGGCCCACAGCUGAAGCUCGGGGUGGAAAACUUGGGGUCCAAGAAAGCCUGUGAAGAUGAGGAGCAGAACCGUAACAAGAGAAGAAGAACCGAGACAACGCCUGUUUUCUUCAUGAAAUCCUUUUCUUGUGAUCAGCAACGAGUUCAACCUGAGGCACUAAACCAUGACACAGUUGAAGAGUUGGAUCUUGAGCUCAGGCUUGGAGAUGCUCCCAAAGUCAACUAGAAUUUGGACCUCUUCUGCUUUCAUCAGUAUGUAUAUUAACCUUGUGUUCUUAGUUAUCUCAAUUAUCUUUCUAAU